AUGUUAACGGUCGAUUUUCCUGCACUAUUUCGCAACCUACCCUCAAGGCCGGUUAUCGUUCAGACGAGCAUUUCUCUCGAACGAAAUACGACUGCGCCGAUUGCCAGCUCAGAGGCAGGCAACCAGGAGGCACUGAACGACAGCGAGGCACGGGCUGCCCAUGCAACGAUCGAAGCCCUCCGCACAGCAAUCCGCCAACAUCACGCAAGUCUGGCAGCGGCGUUCCGAGCGGGAGAUCCUUUGUGGGAUCAGUUCAACAAGACGCAUCAGAAGUACAGGGAUACGCCAUUUUCGGUACAAAGGCGAAUCUUGAAGGUCGAACAUAGGACUCACUUCAAGACAGCCGAACUGCGACGUGAUGAAGAAGAUGAAGAAGAUGAAGAAGAUGAAGAAGAUGAAGAAGAUGAAGAAGAUGAAGAAGAUGAAGAAGAUGAAGAAGAUGAAGAAGAUGAAGAAGAUGAAGAAGAUGAAGAAGAUGAAGAAGAUGAAGAAGAUGAAGAAGAAGGUUUUUCGCUGUUCGUUUCCGGGGACGAGGAGACCGAGACGCCCCGUAGCGACGAAAUUAUCAACAAAGCCUUGGAACUCAUGCACCCAGAUACAAGCCUCGACGCCGAUGACGACGACCUGUUCGAUGAUAUCAAGGACCUCAUAGAAGAGGCAUAG